GAAUUGGAAAUUGAGAGCAAAAGUGACCACGAUAAAAUCCCCAGGGAGGAGAAGCCACGUAAAAAUUUGGAGUGUGGAGAAAGCUGCAGUCAGAGAUCCCAUUCCACUUCCCAUCAACAAAAUCUCAUUGGAAAGAAACUCUAUCAGUGCAUGGAAUGUGGAAAAAGCUUCAGGAAGAGCUCCGAUCUCACUUCCCAUCGCAGAAUUCAUACAGGGGAGAAACCCUAUCAGUGCGUGGAAUGUGGAAAGAGCUUCAGGAAUAGCUCCCAUCUCACUUCCCAUCAAAGAAUUCAUACAGGGGAAAAACCCUAUCAGUGUGUGGAAUGUGGAAAGAGCUUCAGUCGGAGUGCCAGUCUCACUAAGCAUCAGAGAAUUCAUACAGGGGAGAAACCCUAUCAGUGUGUGGAAUGUGGAAAGAGCUUCAGUCGGAGUGCCAGUCUCACUAAGCAUCAGAGAAUUCAUACAGGGGAGAAACCCUAUCAGUGUGUCAAAUGUGGAAAGACCUACACAUGUAGCUCCUCUCUCACUUUCCAUCAAAUAAUUCAUACAGGGGAGAAACCCUAUCAGUGUGUGGAAUGUGGAAAGAGCUUCAGGAAGAGUUCCCAUCUCACUUCCCAUCGCAGAAUUCAUACAGGGGAGAAACCCUAUCAGUGUGUGGAAUGUGGAAAGAGCUUCACUCACAGCCACAAUCUCACUUCCCAUCAAAGAAUUCAUACAGGGGAGAAACCCUAUCAGUGUGUGGAAUGUGGAAAGAGCUUCAGUCAGAGCUCCUCUCUCACUUUCCAUCAAAGAAUUCAUACAGGGGAGAAACCCUAUCAGUGCGAGGAAUGUGGAAAGAGCUUCUGUCAGAGCUCCUCUCUCACUUCCCAUCAAAUAGUUCAUACAGGGGAGAAACCCUAUCAGUGCGUGGAAUGUGGAAAGAGCUUCAGUCAGAGCUCCGAUCUCACUAAGCAUCAAAGAAUUCAUACAGGGGAGAAGCCCUAUCCGUGUGUGGAAUGUGGAAAGAGCUUCACAUGUAGCUCCUCUCUCAUUUCCCAUCACAGAAUUCAUACAGGGGAGAAGCCCUAUCCGUGUGUGGAAUGUGGAAAGAGCUUCACGCAUAGCUCCUCUCUCACUUCCCAUCAAAGAAUUCAUACAGGGGAGAAACCCUAUCAGUGUGUGGAAUGUGGAAAGAGCUUCACUCACAGCCACAAUCUCACUAAGCAUCAGAGAAUUCAUACAGGGGAGAAACCCUAUCAGUGUGUGGAAUGUGGAAAGAGCUUCAGUCAGAGUUCCCAUCUCACUUCCCAUCAAAGAAUGCAUACAAUGGUCAGAAAAACCAUUAUACAGCUUUAGGAGCCAGGCGAAUCCGCACCUUUUUAACCAGGCUU